CUUCCAGAGAAGAGAAUAGAAAGAAACCAGUUUUGGAAAGGCUUGGAAAUUUAUUUAGUACGGGGAAAAGAAAGAAUGUCAAAAGCUCACUAGAACACACCUCGACUUGGAAAGGAGAGAGGUCAGUUGCUCCUCACAAAGCACAGCCGUUUUACUGUAAACAUCUAAAGGAAGGCGCUGAAGUGCCUCAAGUACAGCGAGUGAGAAGCCUCAAUGCUGCUUCCGAAACACAGGAAUAUAAUUUCCAUGGGGAAGUAGCGCCUGUGUAUCACGACACUAUUUCAGAAUGGAGUGGUAAAGGAAUCUCGUCGGACAGUGAGUGGUCACCAGACUGGAGCAGCAGCAGUGAAACCAUUAAAAACUCCUUCUUUGAGAGUACCCUGAAUGUGGAAACAGAGGAACUGGAAGAAGAGCUGGUCACAGAUAUAAAUAAUUCCACAACUCCAGACUUCAUAAAGAGUUUGAGGAACUUAACUAGUGAAGACUUAGAAAAGAGUAUCUUAAACCACAAGCAGCUAGUGAACACGUGGGUCUCUGAGGAGCCUGGGCAUGCUAAGCCAAAGGAUUUGCCAUACAGUUUGGAAUCCACAGCAAGUGAGCACAUACCUUCUGCUAGAGUGUUAACAGUUGAUAUCUAUCUUAGAAAAACAGACGAAUUUCUUAAUGAACCUGUGACUUUUAUAUCGGAAGAAAAUUGUGGUGACUCAGACACAAUGGAUAAAAAAUCUGCUAGUAAAAGAUCUGGAAAAAGAAGAAAAUCUCAGUCAUCUAGUGACAUCCCAAAUGGAGAGAGAAACCAGACUGAGAAUCCUGCAAAAGAAGAUUCAGUUUUUGAGGAUGAUGGCUCUUCUGAUGUGUUUUCUGACAAGAUAAUGAACUCGGAAAGAAAAGUGAAGUCUCCUCAACAGACUCCUGAAAGGAACCCAUCUUCCCCAGGUAAUAACCAGGACCUAAAAGCUGGAUCUGCUCAAAAAGGCGCCUCCAAAACUGAAGCUGACAAAGGCAAGCAGCAGGCAUCAACCACGACUCCAGCAAGGAGAAGAUCGUAUAAAAAGAAUCAGUUCGAUGCUGUCCCUGUUUCCCCUACUGGUUUGAAGAGCCAGCUAAAAGAUGCCUCAAAAAGGCAACCUUUAACCCCAACAGAGAGUAACCCGAUGACAAAAAGAACUUCAGUGGAAAAGGGGACCGUAUUGAUGGCCUUUGGGGAGGACGGUUUGGAGUCUCCCAAAGGUUGCUUGGCUGAUAAGACAGAAAACACUGCCUUGGUGUUUGUGGAAGGCAGAAGUGAUUCCAAGACAAUAAAGCACAGCAAUGGCACCGAUGGGAGAGCUUUCCUGCGUACUGAUGGGAUUAAAAAUGGAGACUCAUCACUGUCAACUGAAAGACUGGCAAAUUCUGAUUUAGACAGCUCAAAGAUGAAAAGUCUGGAUGCUUCCAGAACAGUCACAACAAAGAUUAGCCUUCCAGCAAAACCGAAGAAUGUAGAGCUGAAUUUUAAAGCACCUACAAAUCAAGACAGUUUAGAAAGUGAGCAGGAUUCUCUUGAAAAACCAGCUAAUAAAACCAAUAGCAGCAUUGCCAACAAAAUUUCCUUGUUUGAAAACAAAUGUGCUAACCAGAGCCAGAGACCUGCUGACAUCCCUGCUUCAAAAAAUAGUACUGUACCAAGCACUUUUGUUGGCAGAGCAAAGCUGAAAUUUGGCAAACAACCUAAGGAAACUGAACAGCCUGAUAAAAUAUUAAAUAAGCAAAGCAGUCGCCAGAAGUUAUUUGAAAAUGGCACAACAGAGAAAGAUAGCCCUGCAGACUUAAAAGGCAAAAAUGAAGAAGGUUCCGCAUCUUAUGACGAUAUUGGGAAGGCAACAGAACUUAAAGUAAAAGCUGCAAUAUCCCUUUUUAAUCAAAAUAGCAAAACUGAUGGUAGUGGUAUCUCUCUGAAGACACCUGAUCCAGAAUUAGCCACAACUAAAAAAGAAAGUUUACCUAUUAAAUUGUCUUUGCACUCACCCAAUAAGAGUGAAACUAGUCAAGAUACUUGCUACCAAAGAAACAACACAAGCUCAGAAUUCUCCAGAAACGAGGAAAAAGUGCUCUCAAACUCAGACAUUUUAUCACCUUGCAAUGACGACAAAUAUCCUGUGCAAGCUAAUCAGUUUUCUAGAGAGCCAGAAUUUCAGAAGAUGGAAAAUGCAGAUGAAAAGGCAAAGCCAGGCGAUUCAAGCUUUUCAGCUCUGCAGUAUGAUGAAAAUAGUUCAAAUAAUACAUUGAUGCCAGAGCACAGCAUCAAUUCACCAAAGAGUCCAAGCAAAACUUGCAAUGGUUCUGCUGAAGAUGAGAGCAUUUUUGAUUCCCCCUCUGACAUGAAGCAGUUUGCUGAAACAAUAAAAAACUUGGAGAGCUCAAUGUGUUUACCGCAGAAGAAGAAAAGGUCAAAGCUUCCCAAAUCACCAGCACCCCACUUUGCAAUGCCUCCAAUUCAUGAAGACCAUUUAGAGAAAGUAUUUGAUCCUAGUAUGUUUACUUUUGGUUUGGGACUGAAGAAGGCGCAGGAUCUGUUACCGGGCCAACAGUUUAAAAUGCAAAGCUUGGAAACGAUAGCCAGAGUCAGACCCAAGCGUGCAUCAACAGAGCAAAGCAUUAUAUUCAAGUCGCUGCAAUCAUGUAGUAGAGAGGAACCUGCUUUGGCUCAGGAACUAAAUGGAAAAGAGAACAAUGAUAGUACAGAUGGUGAAAUUAAGAGAUCCCGGCUUGAAAAAAGCUCCCUUUUCUCAAGCUUGUUAUCUGCAUCUAAAGAAAAGCUUUUUAUUCCUCCUGUGACAUCAGUAAAUAACAUGACAAGCGAGGCCACAGGGAUGCCGCUACAACAGGAUGCUUCUGGUCCGUUCAGUGUGCCUCCAAAACCUGAGUCUCUUUCAGAUAUGAAGUUUCCAAGUUAUGUGGAGAAGUACAUGCAAGCAGAUAGUGUAAAAAAAGACCUAAGUUUACAAAUGUCUAACUAUGGAAACCCUGAGAAAAGUUUCUCCAGCUGGUUAGGGGCAGGCAGAUAUGAAUCAAAUGUUCCCUCUGGCUUAUUAGAUGUGGAUGCGUUUUCAAGAAAUGGACACAGUAAAAUCAAUCCCAGACCUGGCAAGCUGGUGAUAUACAGUGAAUGUGAUGAUCAAGAGUGUGGUAUUGAAGUUUUCCAUGAUGUGCUGGAUUGCAGUUCUUGGGUUCUGUCACCAACAAUUCUAGUUAAAGUCAUCAGAGGAUGCUGGAUACUCUACGAGAAACCGAAUUUUGAAGGCCCCUCCAUCCCUCUGGAAGAAGGAGAGCUGGAACUCACUGAUAUAUGGGGUGCAGAUACUUCUGAAGAGUAUGAACGCAAAUCUCAAAAGCCUGCAGUGAUUGGUUCAAUAAGACACGUUGUUAAGGAUUACAGGGUUUGCCGAAUUGAUUUGUAUACAGAACCUGAAGGGCUGGGAAUCGUGACUUCCUUUUUUGACGACACUGAGGAGACGGGCGUGUUUGGCACCACUCAGAAGACCUGUUCUAUCAAAGUGCACUGGGGCAUAUGGCUAAUUUAUGAAGAACCUGGUUUCCAGGGAAUCCCUUUAAUGUUGGAACCUGGUGAAUAUCCUAACUUAGCCUUCUGGGAGAAGAAGGAAGCCUAUAUUAGGUCUAUGAGACCCUUGAAAAUGGGUGGUCGCAAAGUAGAAUUCACUAGAGAGCCAAAGGUCAUCAUUUACGAGAAGCCUUUCUUUGAAGGGAGGUAUAUGGAGGUAGAAUCAGAAAUACUUACGCUCAAUGAGAAGGAAUUGGAAGAAAAGGCAGUACUUCCACUUCCAUCAGUGGGGUCCUUGAAAGUGCUGGGAGGAGUGUGGGUUGCUUAUGAGAAGCCUGGGUUUGAAGGGCAUCAGUACUUGCUGGAAGAAGGAGCUUACCGGGAUUGGACGGACUGGGGUGGUUACGAUGAAGAACUGCAGUCACUGCGACCUAUCGUUGGCGAUUUCACGAAUUCCCAUAUGAUAAUGUACAGUGAAAAAGACUUUGGAUCAAAGGGUUCUAAUAUCAAUGUGUUAGGAAUUAUUUCCGAUUUGAAGGACACCGGAUACGGGCUGAGGACGCAGUCUAUAAAUGUGCUAAGUGGAGUGUGGGUGGCUUAUGAGAAUUCUGAGUUUACAGGGGAGCAGUACAUACUGGAUAAAGGGCUAUAUCCCAGCAUUGAAGCAUGGGGAGGCAAGAAUUGUAAAAUAUCUUCAGUUCAACCCAUUGUUGUGGAUAUUGUUGGAAGCGAAAGGGGUAAAGUUAAGGUCCAGUUAUUUUCAGAGCCUGAAUUCAAGGGUGAUUGCCAAAUAUUUGAAAAAAACACAAAGUGUAUUGAUUCACUUGCUGCAAAGUCUUCAAAAAUUUUAGAUGGCAGCUGCAUAGUGUAUGACCAGGAAGAAUUCUCUGGUAAUCAGUAUGUGUUAGAAGAAGGAAUCUAUCCUGAUCUGACAGCAAUGGGAUGUUCACCCCAAGCCAUUCUAAAAUCUUUAAGGAUUAUAAAUAUUGAGCUGUCUGAGCCACAUAUAGCUCUUUUUGAAAAGGUGGGUUUCCAAGGAAAGAAAAUUGAAUUCAAUACAGAAGUCUUAAAUCUCCAGUUCCUUGGAUACAAUCCUCGAAUAGCUUCAGUCCAAGUCCUUGGUGGCACAUGGAUAAUUUAUGAACAUAGUAAUUACAGGGGACGUCAGAUGUUGUUAUCACCGAACGAAAUUGCAGAUUGGUAUAAACUGAGUGGCUACUGUCAGAUAGGUUCUCUGCGACCUUUACUUCAGAAACGUGUGUACUUCAGGCUUAGAAACAAGGAAACUGGAAAAUUCAUGUCGACCGAUGGAAAUCUAGACAAUUUAAAUCUUCUCAGAAUACAAAUUGCAGAAGAUACUGACUUGGAUGAUCAAAUCUGGGUUUAUCAGGAUGGAUUCAUAAGAUGCCGGAUGGCGGAGGAUUGCUGCUUGACAAUUGUUGGAAAUCUUAUAACUCCUGGCUCUAAACUGGGUCUAUCGUUUGAGCGGAAUGAAGACAAACAGUAUUGGCGUAUUAGUCCUGAUGGCAGGAUCUACAGCAAGAUGAAACCAAAACUGGUUUUAGAUAUCAAAGGGGGCACACAGUACGAUCGUGACCAUGUCGUUGUCAACACGGUCAAUGAAGAGAGGCUCACGCAGUGCUGGGAACCGCUAGUCGUGUAA